AUGUGUAGCGCUGCAGGCUUCCCUCAUGCCAACUCUUUGAAUUUGUUCCGCACAGAACUAUCAAGCAACGUGACAUACUUGGAGGAUGGCACCUUUACGGCGGGGCUGCUACUCUGCAGCAUCGGGGCACAUGGGCUCUAUGGUCCGGGCGAGCGAACGGAAUUCCGGACACACUUAUUGGAAGUGAUGGGAGUCAUGGAUCUACCAACGUUUACCGUGGGUCGAAGUACCUCUCUCGGCUUCUGGAGGCAGCAUUGUUGUAACCGAGCUUCCUUGCAGCACCCCCUUGGUGACGAGGUCGAGGUGGUCAGUGGCCUGCCGAGGUCUUUGUUGGAUAUUAUGUCGUGUAUUGGCCACGGGGCUACCGAGGAGGACUUUUGGAACUGGCCAGGUAGUCCAGGUAGUCUAACCCAGCACCAGCUGUGGGAGGCGUAUCGACUAGCCGGGAUGUUGGCUAUCAGAUACGGCCAUUUACUAUUGGUUCCACAAUCCAGUGGAACGCUGACUGGAUCAACCGCGCAAGCGAACGAAGCAAGCAGUCGCCCCCUAAUCCUACCAUCCACUACCGUUAUCAUCUCCCGAAUUGUGAGCCAUCUGGAUGCCCUUCGUAGAGCGUUUACCGAGACAGAGGGUGUCGGAUCGCUCUUCUUUGCCGUCGUUUAUUUCGGUGAUAGAGGUUAG